AUGACUAAAAGUGAUAAUCACACCAUGUUGAAACUUAACAAAGAUGUGUGGUACCUUUUCAGCCCACGCUGUAAGGUGCAGUCAUUUUUAUUUAUUAAACAAUAUUGUGACUUUUGCAGUGAACCAACUAAUCGUAUCCCAAGCGGAUGGGGCUACAAUCCAUGGUCGCAAACAGGACAUAAAAAAAUUCCACAACCUGAUAACGCCGAAUAUGACAUCAAUCAAACCACUGAAUCAUGUUUAUCGGUACUUAAUAACGUUUAUAAUGAUGGCAUUGCAUGGCACGAUGUUGCCUGUUACCACGAAAAACCGGUUAUUUGCGAAGAUUCCGAUGAGCUUCUCAACUAUGUUGCCGCCACAAACCCAGGUAUACGUUUAUAGAUGCGGUAUUGGAUACGUCUGAUUUGUAAGCAUAUAAAAUUUUAUAAGACGCAGUGAAUUGGAGUUUGGAAACAUGAGGAGAAGUGUGAUGAUAAGCUAUUUUUGGAAGAGUGUGUAUUUCAACCAAAAACACAUGAAUUAUUUUACACCACUAAACAAACUAAAUACAUUGAACAGGAAAAUUAGUUACUAUUUUAAUUUAAUUAAAAAAGAAACGUAAAUAAAUCGAAAAAAUUAUUGUGAAAAAUUGAAAUAAACACAUUUUUUAUACCGGAA